CCUAAAGAAAUUUUUUGCGACAAUGGCAGAAAUUUUGUGGCAGCUGCAAGAGAGCUCAGCGAGUUUUUUAGCAUAUAUUCUGACUCUAUUGUAGGUUUUGCAGCUGAUCAGGAUAUAAAGUUUAAAUUCUCACCGGCUUACGCUCCUAACUUCAAUGGUUACGCAGAGGCAGGCAUAAAAUCUGCCAAACAUCUAUUAAAACGUUCCUUGGGCAGCACACAUAUGACAUUUGAGGAACUCACUUCUUUGUUUGCCCAAGUGGAAGCUAUCCUCAAUUCUAGACCCAUUUCCCCCCUCUCUUCUUGUCCUACUGACCAUGCAGCGCUCACACCUGGACACUUUCUCCUCGGCAGGUCACUGACGUCGCUUCCGGCUCCAAUGCUAGAGGACAUCAACCCUAGACGUCUGGACAGAUACCAGCUGAUCGAACAAACACGUCAAGUCUUCUGGAGAAGGUGGCAGGCGGAGUAUGUCACUGAGCUGCAGUCCAGGUCAAAAUGGAAAACCAGAUGUAGAGACCUGAAGGAGGGAGAUCUCGUCAUUAUCAAAGAGGACAACAUCCCACCACUGGCCUGGAGGCUAGGACGGGUAAUGAAGCUGCAUCCUGGAGCUGACGGGGUGCCGCGAGUAGCGGACCUGACCACGGCGCGAGGAGUCAUCCGGCGCGCUCUCAAUCGGCUCUGCCUGCUGCUGGAUGAAGAAGACAAGGCUUGAAAGCAGAGCUUUCAAGGGCCCCCAGUAUGUUCGAGCGCGUACAUCCCUAGCGCAGCUGCACGGCUACAUCACUACAGCGGGGCGCGGGGGGAGCGCUCCCGGCGACGCGGCCGUGUGCGCUCGC